AUAGAUCCUAAUGGAUGAAUUUGCGUUACUUUAAUAACAUCAAACCACUAGAUGGCGGAAUAUGCGCUUUACGAUUUAACAAUUUUAUUAUGACAACACCAAAAUGGUAACACAGCGCAAUAAAACGUAGGCAUUUGACAGCAAAUAUGCAUAAAAACAGAUUCACAUACAAACAUAAAACAAACAUUACAUAGAAUACACCGUACACACCAACAUCUAUACGGUUAUCCGAUAAACAAGAAAAAGAAGAAGACUUACUAAUCUCAUUGUUCUUUUCGCCAAGAAAGAGCAAAUUAAAUAAUAAUAAAAGAAUUGAUACAGUCCAGUCGAUCGAGCAUAUUUUGAUUAAUUUUUUUACUGACUCAUAUCAAAUAAGUGUAACAAACAAUUGUGUUCGAGGUUGCACCUUAUGAAAUAAAUGUAGUUUCAAUAGUUUGUCUACUAAAAAUUGCUGUCAGAAAAAAUACAACGUUUGAGAAUCAUAAAAGAUUAAAAAAAAAAUCAUAUACAGUAGUGAAAAGACUAUUGAACACAAAUAAAAUGUCAAAAAAUGAUGAAAAUCAGCCGUUGUUAGAUAAAGAAGAUGCAAAGACAAAUUACACGGUGGAAGGUGAAAAUGCUGGCGGGGCAACAGUUUCUCCAAUUGGUCCGAAUGAAGUGCCACCGCCAUUUCAACAAGCUUCCAGUGGUGGAGUGCCUAUGGUUACAUGCAGAGUGUGUGCAGCAAUGAUUGAUAUUUCGAGCAAAAAAGAACAGCAUGUUGUUAAAUGUCUUCAGUGCCAAGAAGCUACACCAAUCCGAAAUGCACCACCAGGCAAAAAAUAUGUUCGUUGUCCUUGCAAUUGUUUGCUAAUAUGCAAGAGUUCAUCGCAAAGAAUCGCUUGUCCGCGACCAAAUUGCAAACGAAUCAUUAACUUAGCGCCAAGUCCAGUAACUCCACCCGUUUCCUCACUACCAGGAAUGUGCCGUGUUACAUGUGGUCAUUGCUCUGAUACAUUCUUAUUCAAUACAUUGCAUAACGCAUUAGCGAGAUGUCCACAUUGUCGAAAAGUGUCAAGUGUAGGACCAGAAUUCACACGUAACCGAGGUAUUCUGUUUCUAGGUUUAGGGAUUUUAUUUUUAAUCAUUGGAAUUUGUGUUACAUGGGCAACGUAUAAGAGUGCUGCGGAUCAUGGAGGGAUUUAUGUCGCAUAUAUCGGCGCAUUUUUGAUUGCCCUGUUUUUGUUUGCUCGAACGGUGUAUUACUGUACGUUGAGUGUGAGCACCAUAGAUGGGCCCAUGUAAAUCAUACAAAUAAUUGCAUAAAAUGAACUUGUUUUUAUAAUGACAUAUGUAAGCAAAAAACAAUUCACUAAAAUAUUUACAACAAACCAUGAUUUUGAUAUUUUAUUAAUAGAGGUUCAUUUAUCGUUUGUAAAAUUGUAAAAAAGUAAAAAAGCCAUCACGUCAGCAAUGAGACAACUUGAUUUUGUUUCUGUUAUCAUAAAAGAAACAAGUACUAUUUUUUUUACCUUUAUAAUACAUCUUGUUGAAAAUUCACAAACAUUUGUGUCAGUGAAUGUUUCAUUAUAUAAAAUA